AUUCGGCAUUUAAUUGCACAGGCAUUAAAUUGCCAGUUGAAAAGAACCUGAAAAAUAAAAGAAAUUUCGGCAUUCAAUUGCACAGGCAUUAAAUUGUCAAUUGAAAGAAAUUUGAGAAAAGAGAAAAUUUGGAAUUAAAUUACAUAGGCAUUAAAUUGCCAGUUGAAAAGAAUCUGAAAAAAGAUAAAGAGAAAAUUCGGCAUUAAAUUGCAAAAACAUUGAAUUGCUAUUCGGGGUAGGCAUUCGAUUGCCCAUGAGAGCUGGCAUUAAAUUGCAUAGACAUACAAACAUAAAGGCAUAAUUAUCCAAAGAAAAUGAUGAAUCCCAGUGUGGCACCAUUUCUAUGCGACGUGAUGGACAAGUCGAUAAUCCGAACAGAGUGGGAAAAAUGGCUUCGAUCGUUUACGCUGUACUUAGAAGCAGAAGACAUUACCAUUGCGUCUAAAAAAAGAAGUAAACUGCUACACCUUGGCGGUGCUCAACUACAAGAAGUCGUGUAUAAUAUUCCAGACGCGCUGGUAGAAGCAAAAGAAGGUAUAGAUCCGUACGAGGUGCUCGUGGGCAAACUGACACAACAUUUCUCUCCAAGGAGAAACUCGACUUUCGAACGACACCUGUUUAGGUCCCUGAAACCAGUGGAAGGGGAGACUCUAAAUAAAUUCAUUUUGAAACUAAGAGGGCAAGCUGCUAAAUGUGAAUUUGGCAAGACCGAGAAAGAGGUCAUCGAAACGAAUAUAAAAGAUAAGCUUAUCGAUGCGUGGGCGCCAGUAGAUUUGAAAAAACGGCUCCUAGAAAAAGAACAUGAUUUAACGCAGGUGGUUGAAAUGUGUCAAGUACACGAAGCAAUAAAAAGCCAAACGACAACAAUGUCUUCUGACAUAGUGCCACUAGCCGUAAACAAAAUCGCUAACAAAACUAGUUUUGAUGCUGCUGAAUGCGAUAGAUGUGGGCGUAAAGGGCAUAUGAGUAAAAGCUUUAACUGCCCGGCUAAGAAUGCUAAAUGCAAUAAAUGUAUGCUACAGGGUCAUUUUGCAGUGAAGUGUAAAACAAAAAGGGUCAAACGCGAACACGGAAGUGGUAGUUAUGAUAACCCGAAACGGCGGCGCAUGACUACAUCUAGAGUGCGUUGCAUAAACGAUGAGGGUGAGACGACAUCUGAAGAAAUGCGGGAGUUCGACUGCUUUAAAAUUGAUAAUGAUAUGAGCGAUGAGAUGAUUACAUGCUCUGUUGGUGGUCAAACGAUUGACAUGGUAAUAGAUUCUGGGUCUCGGUUUAAUCUAAUAAGUGAAGGAGAUUGGUCGAAAUUAAGGAACGGACAGGGCGUAGUGUGGAACAUCCGGUCCCACUCUCCCAAUCAAUUCAAAGCGUACGCCGCGGACAAGCUUUUGAAAGUGUUACAGGUUUUUGACGCGCCAAUCGCUACAGCGCAUACAGAAAUGAUUGCUACCUUUUAUGUUAUUGAAAAGGGAAGUCAAUCACUCUUGGGGCGUGACUCAGCAGUAAAACUUAAUGUUUUGAGAGUAGGCUUAAAUGUCCAUCGAAUUGGAAAUAAAGAGACAUUUCCAAAAAUUAAAAACAUUAAAGUUAGUUUAGCAAUAGAUCGUAGUGUACGGCCAGUCCAGCAACCAGUAAGACGCAUACCGAUUGCAUUAGAG